UAAAAGAUAAUACCACAUGAAAUUAUUUAACUACCACAUCAUACUUAAUUGAAGGAGGGACCAAAACUGUGCAAUUUUUAGAGUUGAGAGAUCAAAAAAAUGCAAAAAAUUGUUGAGAGACCAAAAAUGUGCAUUUCAUAGAGUUGAGGGACUAAAUUUAGCAUUUAACCUAAAAUCAUAAUUGUACUACAAGCAAACGUUAUUUCUUGUCAUUCUUGACGGUUGAGGUUGGAGUUUAAACCUAUUAAACCUUUACUUUUUAGGCACUUUGAAUUAUAUAAAUAAUGCAAUGUCGUUUUGAUUCAUGGCAAUGCAUUCAAAGAGUUCUAACAGAACUGAAGCCAUUUGUUGAACUUGCUGAGAAGCUUGGGAGGUUGGCUGUCCAAUUAGUAGCAGGAGGACUUGGCGUGAAAACUGUGAAAGUUUCAUAUGCUUCCUCUAGAGCUCCUGAUGAUCUUGACACUAGGUUGCUUCGUGCAAUGAUCACAAAGGGUCUAAUUGAGCCGAUAUCUAGUGUUUUUGUGAACUUGGUUAAUGCUGAUUAUACUGCCAAGCAGAGAGGACUUAGGAUAACAGAAGAACGCAUCAUCCUAGAUGGUUCACCUGAGAAUCCACUUGAGUCCAUCCAAGUUCAAAUUGCCAAUGUAGAAUCAAAAUUUGCCAGUGCUAUGUCAGAGACUGGGGAGAUCAGGGUUGAGGGACAGGUGAAGGAUGGAAUUCCCUAUUUGAGCAAGGUUGGAUCAUUUGAUGUGGAUGUCAGCUUGGAAGGUAGCAUCAUACUCUGCAGACAAGUUGAUCAACCUGGUAUGAUCGGAAAAGUAGGAAACAUUUUGGGAGAUGAGAAUGUUAAUGUUAGUUUUAUGAGUGUUGGGAGGAUUGCUCCACGGAAGCAAGCUGUGAUGGCUAUAGGUGUGGAUGAGCCACCAAGCAAGGAAGCUCUGAAGAAGAUUGGGGAUGUUCCUGCCAUUGAAGAGUUUGUCUUUCUCAAGUUGUAGUGUCUGUAUCAUUACCGUGGCAUUUUCCCUCUUGGAUGGGUAUUUUGUUACAUUGUAUCCCUCAAUUUUGAUCAUCUUUAUUUUAGUGUUUAUUUUGCUCUUUAAACCUUGAUGAUAGAAUAAAAUCAUAAU